GACAAAAAAUGGAAUACACCAGCAGUGUGAGGAGACCUGAAAGUGGCACAUGGCAGAGUGUGGCGAUGGAGACAGCAGCAAUGGGAGGCCGUACAGGGACCCAUGAGAGACUCUGGACUUGGCAGCAGCAUGAGGAGGCGGUAUAGGGGCCCAUGGCAGAUUAGGGGCCUGGCAGCAGCUAUGGGAGGCCCGUAAUCUGCCAGCACCCUAUGACAAAAAAUGUAACACACCAGCAGUGUGAGGAGACCUGAAAGUGGCACAUGGAGGUGUGGGGGUGGAGAGCAGCAAAGGGAGGCCCCUCAGGGUGGGCCAUG